UUAACCUUCCAAUUCCAAAUCCACCAAAUCCACCCAAAUUGAGAAAUUUCACUAUCACAAUGUUCAAUUCAAUUCCUCUUCUUGUUGCUAUCAUCCCUUCAUUGAUGUUUACCUCUGUCAAUUCAAUGCGGUUUAGCCUCAAAUCAGGUGAACCAAAAUGUAUCAGUGAGGACAUUAAAGGCAACGCCAUGACCGUCGGUAAUUACUCCGUCGUUAAUCCCGGUGAAGAAGGCUAUCCAAUUCCUGAUUCUCACAAGAUAACUGUCAGGGUUCGAUCGCCUUAUGGGAACAAUUUCCACUAUGGGAAUAGUGUGGGUACUGGUAAUUUUGCGUUUACAACGGCUGAAGGUGGUGACUAUACAGCUUGUUUUUCGGUGCCGGAACGCAAACCGGCGAUAACGGUGACGGUUGAUUUUGAGUGGAGAACUGGUGUGGCGGAGAAGGAUUGGUAUAAGCUUGCAAAAAAAGAUCAGAUUGAUGUAAUGGAAUACGAGUUACACAGGUUACAAAACACUGUCACAUUCAUCCAUGACGAGAUGUUUUAUCUUCGCGGAAGGGAGGAAGAGAUGCAAGAUCUUAACAGAACAACCGAUAACAAGAUGUUUACAUUCAUUUUCCUAUCUAUCAUUGUUUGUUUGUCUGUUGCUGGUUUGCAACUAUGGCAUUUGAAAGUAUUCUUUGAGAGGAAGAAGCUCCUCUAAGAUCCUUCGCACGAAUUUUUUCGUCGGUUUGAUUAGCUUGGAUCUCGAAUUCAGAUGACAGACUAAUCUUAAUGUAUCAAAGUUAUUUAGAUUGUAAUUCUCUUUUAUGAUGUAUAGUGAUAACUGAAAUGAGAAGGAUUAUACCAACAAAAAAAAAUGAUUGUUGGAUAUCAAAAUUUUGAUGUAAAGUACAAUAUUCUAUAA